AUGGGCGUUCGCCCAGAGAUUUUCACCGACUUGGAGGAGAUGGUUCGCACUGUGCCUGACCUCAGAGCCGUAGACGUGGUCACAGAUCCGUCGGUACACCACAAUGUCGUGUGUCAAGCACUAGAUCUGGGACUCCAUGUGAUGGUGGAAAAACCGAUGGCAAUCACGGUAAAGGCGUGCCGGCAGAUGAUCGAAGCCGCAGAGCGAAAUAACCGUCAUCUGUCGGUGGCGGAGAACUUCCGACGAGAUCCCUCUGCUCGUCUAGUCCGUUAUCUGUUGGAGACAGGCGCGAUAGGGACGCCUUAUAUGGCGUUGUUCCAUGCGCUCAGUCCGGGGAACGGAAUCUUCAUCACACCUUGGCGCCAUCUCAAGGAACGCGGUGGAGCACUCCUCGACAUGGCGGUUCACUUCACUCACAUGAUCCGGUAUCAACUUGGCGAUAUAGCGGAAGUUUACGGGGACGUGCGGUUGGUCGAACCGGUGAGAAGAAAGCCCGACAGCAUCGGCGACACCUAUACCUUCUACCAGAACAGGUUUCGGGCGAUGGACGCGGAAGUUCCGGCGACAGCAGAGGACACAUCGGUGGCGAUGUUCAAAAUGGAGAACGGGACAACUGUCAACUGGUUGGUCGGCCUUGGGGGGCACGGGGGUUGCGGCGGCGAAAUCAUCUUUGGCGAUAAGGGGAGCAUCAACAGCUUUGGGACGCGCGGCGGCAAGAUCAGCACGCAGCGGAGGGGGCAGGAGGGAAUCAACCAAGAGGAAUCCUUGCAUCCCUAG